UCGUCUCCGGACCCGCUCCUGCGGCAGCGGCGAGUGGCAGCGCGUGGGUGAACAGUAGGUGGUACAGGAUUGUAGGACAUUAGCACAGGAAGGGGAUACAGAGCACGUUUUUCCCUGCUGUCUCUGAAUGAUAGAUCCCGGAUUGAGCAUUGGUGGAGCCGGGUUGACUGUUGUACAGGAGGCGGGCCCGACGCCGCGCACCAGCACGCCAUGGGGGACGACGACAAGCCGCCGGCGCCGCCGGUGCGCAUGGCCAGCGUGCGGCUGGGUGCCGGCGAGCCGAGCGCCGCGCCCCUGCCCGUCGACAUGCGGCCGCUGCCGCGCGAGCCCGACGACGAGCGCAAGCGCCGGCUCAAGGCCAAGCAGGCCAAGAAGCACGCCGAGAAGCCGGCCAUCUCGUACCCGACCAACUUCGAGCACACGGUGCAUGUUGGGUUUGACCCGGUGACCGGCGAGUUCAGCGGCAUGCCCGACUCGUGGGUGUCGCUGCUCUCCAGCGCCAACAUCAGCGUGCAGGAGCGGCAGCAGAACCCGCAGGCCGUCAUCGACGUGCUCAACUACUACGACGCGUCCACCAAGGACCAGGAGCAGCUCAAGUACAUGGUGCCCAAGACGGUGGAGCACAACCCGCUGUGGUCGUCGCCCGAACGGGAGCGGCCGCCGCGCGCCAGCCUUGCGCCGGAGCCGGCGGCGGUGGUGACCGACAGCGCGCCGGCCGACUCGCGCCACGCUUCGGACGCGUCGGCGACGACGGCAAGCACACCGGAUACGGCGUCCGGCGAGGUGGCCGAGGAGGAGAGCGAGGCGUCGCCGCCGCCGCCGCCGGUGGCCGCGCGGCCAGAGCGCACCAAGUCCAUCUACACCAAGCCGAUCGAGGAAGAGGAGGAGGAGGCGGCGCCGCCACCGUCGCCGCCGCCGCCGCCGCCGCCCACUAACGGCGCCCUCGACACCAAUAAGAACCCGACGCCGGCGAAGCGUGACGGCGGCCGCGCGCGCGUGAAGAUGACCGAUGAGGAGAUCCUGGAGCGGCUGCGCAGCAUCGUGACGGUCGGCGAUCCGCAUAGGAAGUACACCAAGAUGGAGAAGAUCGGCCAGGGCGCGUCCGGCACGGUCUUCACGGCCAUCGAGACGGCCACCGGGGUCGAGGUGGCCAUCAAGCAGAUGAACCUGUCGCAGCAGCCCAAGAAGGAGCUCAUCAUCAACGAGAUCAUCGUGAUGCGCGAGAACAAGCACCCGAACGUGGUCAACUACCUGGACAGCUUCCUGGUGGGUGAGGAGCUGUGGGUGGUGAUGGAGUACCUGCCGGGCGGCUCGCUGACCGACGUCGUGACGGAGACGUGCAUGGACGAGGGCCAGAUCGCGGCGGUGUGCCGCGAGGUGCUGCAGGCGCUGCAGUUCCUGCACGUCAACCACGUCAUCCACCGCGACAUCAAGUCGGACAACAUCCUGCUCGGCAUGGACGGCUCUGUGAAGCUGACCGACUUCGGCUUCUGCGCGCAGAUCUCGCCCGAGCAGACCAAGCGCACCACGAUGGUGGGCACGCCGUACUGGAUGGCGCCCGAGGUUGUGACGCGCAAGCAGUACGGCCCCAAGGUGGACGUCUGGUCGCUGGGCAUCAUGGCCAUCGAGAUGAUCGAAGGCGAGCCGCCCUACCUCAACGAGAACCCGCUGCGCGCGCUCUACCUGAUCGCCACCAACGGCCGGCCAGAGGUCAAGGAGCGCGAGAAGCUGUCGGGGCCGUUCCAGGGCUUCCUCGACCUCUGCCUGGAGGUGGACGUGGAGCAGCGGCCGCAGGCGGCCGAGCUGCUCAAACACCCGUUCAUGAAGACGUGUCGCCCGCUAGCCAGCCUGCACCCGCUGAUUCUGGCCGCUCGCGAAGCCGUCAAGGGCCACUGAUGGGCGCGAUCGGCAGGUCGGACGGCCAGCCCGGUCUGCCGGCCGAUCGCUAACGGCAUGUCCGCCGCCAACGGCUGGUGCGGGGACCCUCGUCUAGCUCCAGAGGCGGGCCGUGGCGGUGACGGUCUCUCGAGGCGCCGGCGCGUAAUCCUCUCCCUCCCAAGUACUCGCGUGAGCGGGAUAUUAGCCAACUUUGUGCCAGUGGGUGUCGCCUGAGUCAGCGCUUGUGCGAGACUGUCUUCGGAUGUCUGCGCGUCGAUUGUUGUCUGCUUAUCAGGUGAGCGCGUCGUGGCUGCUCUUGCGGCACGGUUUAGUCAAGUUCUCAGUGCACUGUAGUCUGUGAUCUAGCGAGGCAGGCGUGUCGCCGUCGCUUGCAUGCGACUCGCCUCGCCUUCCAGUGUCAUGGAGGUCGCGUCCUCUACACGAUCGUGUAUGAGUUUAUUGUGUUGUUUGUUAAUCAGGCGUCUGUCGCAAAUCCUUUUAUCAUUAUUUUUUUAUUUGUUACGCAAUUGGCAGGUGAUAUCUUGGCCGCUCCUCGAAUUUAUCGCUACUUACUCGUAGUGCCCCGUAUUGCUUUUGUCUCAACUGCCAGUUUCUGUGCUUCUGGCAUUGGAACCUUGAUUGUUACGACUUGUGUCUUAGUGCCGCACACGGGCAACAAGUGAUUUGCCACAACAGCUACAUUUACAUAUUAAUUCGUCUAAUGUCAUUAGAUCGUGUAUUUUGACAGCAUUUUUAAUAAAUAGAACUACUUCGUC